AUGGGUUUUGAAUUGCACACCGUCAGUCCUAAAGAGGGACACACGCACACGCACACCGUCAUCUUCCUCCACGGCAGGGACAGCGAGUGUCAAGAGUUCGCGGAUGAAUUCUUCGAGAGCGAAGCAACUGAGCCGGCCGGCCAACCGCGGACUCUUGGAGACAUAUUUCCAACCUUCAAGUGGGUGUUCCCUGGCGCAUCGCUCAUCCACUCUGAGCGUUUCGGCGUGCCAAUGUCCCAGUGGUUCGAUAUCUGGUCUGUCGAAAGCCCGAGCGAGCGAUCUGGCCUCCAGCAUGCUGGACUCGUCGAGAGUGUAGAUUACGUUCUCAAAAUAGUCGACCAAGAGUCAGCCUUUGUGCCCUGUGAGAACAUCUAUCUGGGCGGCAUCAGUCAGGGGUUUGUCACGGCGGUCGCGGCCUUCUUUGCCGGGGACCGGAGGUUUGCAGGUCUCAUCGGUCUAUGCAGCUGGGCGUUACCGGCAUUGUCUGGUAGCCAUGAAAAUGAUGGCUCUAGCGACAACGCGCUUGAAGGCAUUCAAGCAGCAUUCGGUUGGAAGACGACGGCGGUUUCGCGGGAAAAGCUGCGGUCGACUCCCAUUUUCCUCGGCCAUGCCGUCGAUGAUGAUGUUGUGCCGAUAGAAAAUGGGAAGGCACUGCGUAGUUCCCUUUCAGCCGUUCUCGGGUCGGAUAUUGAGUGGCACGAAUAUCAGCAUGGUGGCCACUGGAUCAACGAACCAGAGGGCGUUGAUGACAUUGUUGGGUUUAUCAAAAACACCACAAAGGUGGGUUUCAUAGAAAGCAUGUAA